AUGAGAGAUGAAAUUGCAACAGCCGUUUUCUUUAUCACAAGACUGGUGAAAAAGCAUGAUAAGCUGAAUAAACAGCAAAUGGAAGACUUUUCAGAAAAAUUGAUGACAAUCUUAUUUCAAACAUACAGAAGCCAUUGGCACUCUGAUUGCCCUUCUAAAGGACAAGCCUUCAGGUGUAUCAGGAUAAAUAAUUGCCAGACUAAAGAUCCCAUUUUAGAAAGGGCUUGUGCCGAAAGCAACGUGGAUUUUUCUCACCUGGGACUUCCAAAGGAGAUGACCAUAUGGGUAGAUCCCUUUGAAGUGUGCUGUAGGUAUGGCGAGAGAAAUAAUCCAUUUACAAUUGCUUCUUUUAAAAGCCGAUCGGAGGGAAGGGAACUAUCUCAACGAAUCAAUCACGCUGUUAAUAGAGCCACAUUAGAGUAUUCAUCUGGUGCUUCUUCUGAUGAAGAGAAUUGUAGCAAAGAACCUCAGUUAAUUCCUAAGGUCAGCAAUCCAAACAGUGUUUAUCAGGCUGAAAACCUGAGACAACCCUUUCAAUCUUGGUUCCAUGUCUCCCACAAAAAGAAUAUGGUCGAUGGCCGUGUGGGCUUCCUUGGGAAUCCUUGCUAUGCUGCGCAUAAAGGUUAUAGGACGACUGCUAUGUUGGUAGGACAGAGAGUGGACAGGUAUCACUGGGUCAAUAAAAAAUAA